AUGGAUCCACAGCUUUCACCAAUUACAAUCAGCAGCUACAACAUUGGUGAUAUCUUCAACUCGCCAGCUACAAUGGAUUUACUGGAUGAUGAAGAUUUUGAAAGCACGAUGAUGAUGCUUGACAGCGCAGUUUUCCGAACCGAAGACCCCGACAACGUGGAGUUGCACUUUAAUGGACUUAGCGAUUCAUUUAAUCCUCGGAGUCCAGAGUCCCCACUUGCCACAAGUGGGCACCGCAUGAUAAGUGCAAGUGGGCAAGGAUUGUCUGUGGGUGUUACCUCAUAUUUGCAGCCUGACGUGAAAUUGCAAAGCAGCAGUGAAACUCCGGUUGGGGCUGAUGUGUACAUCAAACAGGAAGGCACUAUGCCCGGCUUUUCGCCAACUGUCGACUCCUUCAUUCGCGAGUCGUGGAGUGACAUUGCCGGUUUAAAUUUGAGAGCGUUUCAAACUUCUCUUCAGCCACCAAACCACUCAGGCUCCCUUACGAUUUCGGUCACUCCUGGCCGUACGAAUCCACUACCGUUAAAUAUGUUGCAUUUAGGCACAGUGCCAUUGCCCCCACCGACUCUUUGCAUCAACUCAAACACUUUAUCCAAUUCAUUGAUAACAUCUGUGCAUUCUACGAAAUCAAAGAGCACGCGACGAGCAAAGCAGUGCAUAACAGAAGGAUGCGCACGCAGGGCGCAAUCUAACAAUCGAUGCAAGACCCACGGUGGCGGAGCACGAUGUCAAGUGGAAAAUUGUGGCAAAAGCUCACAAGGUGGAGGUCUUUGUCGGGCUCAUGGAGGUGGUAAGAAGUGCCGCGUGCCUGGGUGCUCCAAAGGUACCCAACGACUUGGUCUAUGUUACCUGCAUGGUGGUAUCCGUCGCUGCAUUAUGGAUGGCUGCAAGAAGAAAGAUCGUGGAAAUGGAUACUGCAUCUCGCAUGGAGGUGGCCGGCGGUGCGAAGCUGGGAAUUGUAAUCGGUCCGUUCGCAAGGGAAAUCAUUGCCAAAUACACCAAGGUGUACUUGUAUCGAAGCACUUAUGA